AACCGUGAGACGCUAAGCUAAGCUAAAACAUGGCGCGGUGCGUGGUUCUACAUAAGCUAGGGUGCUAACGUAAAUAGCUUAUUAAUGCGCCUUGAAAGACGACUGCAUUUCGAAGGCUGUUGGAUGGAUAUUACUUAACGACGGUUAAUAGCUGUGUUUGUUGUCUGUGAUAGUUUCACUCGCGUUAGUCCUCCGGGCUUAUCCACUCAGUUAGCAGCUAACGUUAUGUUAGCUUGAGCAUUAACAGGCUAGCCGGCUGACUUGAUACACAACACUGGCGGUUACGAACACUAUUUAUUGCGUUACCUAUGGCUUUCUAUGAAGUGUAUUCUCAUCCGGCUUUGAUUCGGUACAAAACGAGUGUUUGCACAAAAGCCACUCUGUUUCUGGUUGUUGUUCUCUGCCUCACCUACAUCCCACCUCUGCUGGUUGCUUACAGGAGCCAAGGUUUCUGGAUCAAAAGAAGCACUUAUGAGGAACAACCGGUUGUGAGGUUCCAGUACCAGACUCUGCUGGUGGCAGCAACCAGUACUCAGGGAGACUAUGUGGCCUGGAGCACCUUUCCCCAUCUUAACAACAUGCUUGGGGCCAACCUCCGGAUCCCUGCUGUUUCUGUGAGAGAAGAAGACCAGAACCAGGACGGGAAGUUGGAUCUUCUGAAUUUUCAACUGCAGCUACCUCUAAAACCUGAGGAACAGGUGUACAGUGUCCAACUGCUGCUCACCUUCAGCUACCAGCUCUUUCGGAUGUCCACAGUAGUGAUGCAGAGCCUGGCCUAUGUGCAGCACUCUUCUUCUGUCCCCGGAGCUAAGCUGUUCAUCAGCGGAGACCUGAGGCUGCAGCAGAAGACACCCCUGCCUCACCGAGGACUGUUCAACAUUUACAAUGUGUCAGUGAUCGAUGGCUCCAGCCCCUUUGCAAGUGCGUAUGACCUUGACAACAUAAUUGGAAGCUACCAGGAUAGAAACU